CAUCCACGUGCUUGCAGCCCCUCCGAGAAGCAGCAGCAGUGCCAGGAGGCAGAUCCGAUCAACGGUUAAGCCCUGGGGGUCCAGCCCAGUUGCAGGCUACCUGAAAAUAGCCUGUGUGGCAUCCUAGGUGUUCCCAAAAUGCCUUAUCCUGCAAGACUUCUUCUGUUCUUCUGCCUGGUGGUUCUCGUGGAGAGCAGAAAACCCAAGAUGAGGAGAUGGACAGAGCAGCUGGAGAUGCCCAAGGCAAGUCAUUUCCAUAAAAAGAACCUUGACAUGACCAAGAUCCGAAAAGGAAAACCCCAGCCCCUGCUCAGAGUGGACGACCAUGACUUCACCAUGAGGCCUGCCUUUGGAGGCCCUGCCAUCCCUGUGGGUGUGGAUGUGCAAGUGGAGAGCCUGGACAGCAUCUCGGAGGUGGACAUGGAUUUCACCAUGACAUUGUACUUGCGGCACUACUGGAAGGAUGAGAGGCUGGCUUUCCGCAGCAGCAGCAACAAGAGCAUGACCUUUGAUGGGCGGCUGGUCAAGAAGAUUUGGGUGCCUGAUGUCUUCUUUGUCCACUCCAGACGAUCCUUCAUCCAUGACACCACCACUGACAACAUCAUGCUGAGGGUGUUCCCUGAUGGCCAAGUGCUCUACAGCAUGAGGAUCACAGUCACUGCCAUGUGCAACAUGGACUUCAGCCACUUUCCCUUGGACUCCCAGACCUGUUCUUUGGAGCUUGAAAGCUAUGCAUACACAGAUGAGGACCUGAUGCUGUACUGGAAGAAUGGGGAUGAAUCCCUGAAAACAGAUGAGAAGAUCUCCCUGUCUCAGUUCCUGAUACAGAAGUUUCACACCACUUCCCACCUGGCCUUCUACAGCAGCACGGGCUGGUACAACCGUCUCUACAUCAACUUCACGCUGCGGCGCCACAUCUUCUUCUUCUUGCUCCAAACCUACUUCCCUGCCACCCUGAUGGUCAUGCUGUCCUGGGUGUCAUUCUGGAUCGACCGCAGAGCUGUGCCUGCAAGGGUUUCACUGGGUAUCACCACAGUAUUGACCAUGUCCACCAUCAUCACGGGCGUGAAUGCCUCUAUGCCCCGUGUUUCCUACAUCAAGGCUGUGGACAUCUAUCUCUGGGUCAGCUUUGUGUUCGUGUUCCUCUCGGUGCUGGAGUACGCGGCUGUCAACUACCUGACCACUGUGCAGGAGCGGAAAGAGCAGAAGCUGCGGGACAAGUUUCCCUGCACGUGUGGAAUGCUUUCCUCCAAGACCAUGAUGCUGGAUGGGAGCUACAGCGAGUCUGAGGCCAACAGCCUGGCAGGUUACCCGAGGAGCCACAUCCUGACGGAAGAUGAAAGGCAGGACAGACUUGUAGUCCACCUAGCCCUGGCCAGUGACUCCAGCUCCUCCAGGAAGAAGGGGCUGCUGAAGGGCCAGGUGGGCCGCCGCCUCUUCCAGAACACCCACGCCAUCGACAAGUACUCCAGGUUGAUAUUUCCUGCCUCCUACAUCUUUUUCAAUUUAAUUUACUGGUCAGUGUUUUCCUAGGACCUCACAGGCUGCGUCUGGCAAAGGGCAUAGGCAUCUAUGGGGCCUGGCCAACUGGCCGUGUGGACCCUCGCCAUUCCGUGUCAGACAUCCCAACCCUCAGCCUGCAGCGGCCCCUGUCGGACGAGCCCAGUGGUCCUCCAGCCGUCCUUGCUCAGACCUUGCCAGCUGGCUAGCUCACCCUUUAUUUCUUGUGUUGUGUGUCCACACUUCAGGCUUCUGUGGGGCUGAUGCUUCUGUGUGAACAGGUUCACAAGACAUACCCCCCCCCCAAUGAAUAUAUAGACUAAAAUGCCUCCCAGAUGUUCCAAGACCAUUGUGAGACUUAAGAUUCUAUUAGGAAGGGGAAAUGCACUUGGGGGACAUUCUGGAUGGGGCACAGGGAAUUAAGAUUCAAAAUUAGGAAUGAAACAUCUGUAAACCCAUGCCACUGGGUUAAGUGCCUA